CAAAAUUAAACUCACAGUGUUUCAAAAACCAACAUUUCCUACAUUACUACAUUUCCCAAAAUUUCCAACAUCUACAAUAUGAAAAUCAUUGAAAACCUCAUAAGAAUAACUAUUAACAUAAUUCCCAUAAUUUGUCAUGGUACCAAAAAAAGAUCGUUUACCGAAAGUCUGAGUAUAUAAAAUUAACCAAAUUCGAUUAACAGAGCUUAUUUCCAAACUCCGUGUAUACAGGAAUGUUGUCCAACAAUUUUCCAUUAACCGAUAAUGUAAUGGUGUUACAGUGUGGUGGUCAGAGCGGUGUCUGGAUAGCGAGCGUGAUCAUACUGAUAAUUGGAAGCUGGAUCGGCAAAGUUGGGCCACGACCAGCCGAUGGCGAGAUCGCACACCUAACAUCGCCCAGGGAAAGAUUGGAGACCGUGCGACAGGUUCUUUCAGAGGUGCCUUUGAUCGACGGCCACAAUGACCUACCCUGGAACAUCCGAAACUUUGUCCAUAAACAGCUGACCGACUUCGACUUCGACAAAGAUCUGCGACAGGUCGCUCCAUGGAGCAAGAACGCGUGGAGUCAGACCGACUUGGUCAGACUUCGUCAAGGGAUGGUCGGUGGUCAGUUUUGGGCUGCUUAUGUGCCGUGCGAGUCGCAGCAUCUCAACGCGGUGCAGCUGACUCUGGAGCAGGUGGACCUCAUUAAGAGGCUCAUAGAAAAAUAUUCGCAACACAUGCAGUUUGCUGCAUCUUCAAGAGAAAUCUUGGAGGCUCAUGGAAGAGGGAGGAUAGCUUCCCUCAUCGGAGUGGAGGGUGGACAUAGUCUAGGAAGUAGUUUAGCCGUUUUAAGGACGCUAUAUCAAUUGGGUGUUCGAUAUCUCACGCUCACGCACACCUGUAACACACCUUGGGCAAAAAGCUCGUCGGUAGAAGACGAGGACGAAGAUGGAGGCGGUCUAACAGCGUUUGGAAGAGCAGUGGUUCAAGAAAUGAAUAGACUGGGGAUGCUGAUAGACCUUAGUCACACAGCAAGAGCUACCAUGAGGGAUGCUUUAAGGGUCAGCAGAGCACCCCUCAUUUUUUCUCAUUCCUCCGCCUUUGCCAUUUGUAAUUCGUCGAGAAACGUUCCUGACGAUAUUCUGAAGCAGCUGGCUGCUAAUGGUGGAUUAGUGAUGGUGACCUUUUAUAAUUACUUCGUGAAAUGUGGCUCUCAAGCCAGCGUUUCAGAUGUCGCAGAGCACAUUUACUACAUUAGAAACUUAAUUGGCGUGGACCACAUCGGCGUCGGUGGCGAUUUUGAUGGCAUCAACAAGACACCACGAGGUCUCGAAGAUGUUUCAAAGUAUCCAGAAUUGUUCGCCGAACUUCUUCGCAGUGGCAAGUGGAACGUGCUGGACUUGAAGAAAGUUGCUGGUCUAAAUUUGUUGAGAGUCUUGCGGCAGGUGGAGCGAGUAAGGGACGACAUGAGAACCGCAGGAGUAACACCAUCUGAAGAGUACCUCCAAGAUUCCCCUGACACGAUUGGCAGUUGUGCGCUGGAUAUCAACUCCGUGCAAAGAGUCAUGGAAGUCUGAUUCUAUCAAUCCGUUGUGUUUCUGUAUAACGUGUAAAUUACUUCUGUAUGACCUCCCUGCCGUCCUAUUCUCGAUAACGGAUGCUAUCCCGUCAGAGACAGGAAAAUCAUGAUGAACAGUUCUGGAGGAAAGGGCUUCUCGUUGCUUGAUUCUUGUGCGACCUGCCCCGCCUACGAAGUCUGUCCCUUUUUAGAUGCUCAAUCAGAAUAAUGUUAGACGAAAAGAUGAA